UUAGCUCACUAAGCGGCUCACUGACGCUGUAGAGGGAAAUGUGCGUGAGCGUGUGGACUGAGGGAAGCCCCUAGUUAGCCAAGAGUGGAAACAUGGAUGAUGAGGAGGUCGCCGAGAGCUGGGAGGAGGCCGCCGACAGUGGGGAAAUGGAGAGAAGACUAGAGGAAAAGCUUCGAAUCAGUCAGAAAGAAAGACUUUCAAGUGGCAGUUCGAGUCGUUCUCUGAUGAGAACAGCAAUCGUAAUCCAGGAUGACUCCCUCCCCGCGGCACCCCCACCACAGAUUCGUAUUUUGAAGCGACCCUCCAGUAAUGGAUCUUUAGGAUCGUCUGUGACGCAGACUCGACCCUCCCCGCAAGUUAAAUCCUUAGCUCAGCGAGAGGCAGAAUACGCAGAGGCCAGGAAGAGAAUCCUUGGCAGUGCUACUCCUGAUGACACACCACAGGAGAGACCCAUUUCAGACCGAUCUCCACGUGGAAGCAGCCAUACACUUUCAGAGGAAAACCGAUCAGGAAACCAUGUUGUUCGACAGCCAGCAGGUCCAGAUGGUACACAAGGCUUUCACCAGCGCAGAUAGGAAUAGCAGCCUUUCCUGGGAGGAAGCGAGAGGCGAUAGUGAAAUACGGUCUCCCAAAAUACAGUUGAAAAUCGAAUCAUUUUUAUCAAUAUUUAGGAUGUGGGAUGUUUUUCAAAUAAGUAUAAAACCCUCUCGAAUCCAGCACAGCGUGUGUGGAAUGUAACGGGGGAAAGAAACAUGAUCCAGAGGAGCGGAUGGGGAACGUUCCCUGCUUUUUACACUGUGAUGAGGACCUCGCUUCCGGACACUGCUCACUGUGAUGUCCAGCCCCCACCCCUCAAAAUCAAAAGGAAAAUUGAGAGAAUCUAAACAGAACUGCAGGACUAUUGUCCCUUCCUCACGUAACUCAGCCGUCACUGGCAGCCAGCCUGAAAAGUCAUGCAAGCAAGCCCUCUGAAGAGACAUUUGAAAUGGAAGAUAACAAGUGCUGGAUGUGCUUGAACCGAUAAAAGGAUGGUAUGAGGCACCAGCUUCCUUCAGCAAUAAUUCUAGAAAUAUCACUUAUUAUUCAGACCUCCCUUCCACACUGUAUUCUCAAGCUUUUGUAUUGCUUGAGUUUGUCUUUUGUUUUAAUUUUGGUUAUUACUGGCUCGGUCUGCUAAUUGCCAUAUGUUUUUAAAUGGGUAAGAAACAGUGAGGGUAUAAUGCGGAAACUUAAGCUGACUUUAAGUUCUUUAUUGUUUACGGAUAUUUUUUGUUGUUGUUGUUGUUUUACUCAUGAGUCUUCCUCUGACUGUCCUGAUUUCUACAUGAAGUAAAAAGAAUAAAAACAAAAACUAGUCCAG